AUGUGGUCGUCUACUUCCAGCGUUAUACGCUUGACCGCGGAAAACACUCUGGGAAAGACGACUCUAGGUAAGCCAAAGGUACAAAAAGCUACGUGGUUUUGGAACGAGGAAGUUCAGGCGGCAAUUCGUGAGAAGAAGUCCAAGUACAAGCUCUGGUGGAGGACGCGUCAGACUGAAGAUCGGGACGCUUACCUAGCGGCAAAGAGGGAGGCUAAGAAGGCAGUCUCCAAGGCGAAGUCGGACCGCUACAAGGCUGUGUACGACAUGCUUGAUACCAGAGAAGGCGAGCGGGCAGUGUAUCGUUUAGUCAGAGCACGUCACCGCUCAACGUUGGAUAUGGAGCACAUCAAGAUCUUUAAGGGAGCUGAUGGAGCCGUUCUGCACCGCUCUGGUCAGAUCCUGGAGAGGUGGCGAGAGUACUACAAUCACUUGUGUAACGAAGAGUUCUGUCAUCCUCCCAUCCCAACCGUUCCCAGCGUCGAGGGUCCUGUUCUACCAAUUACUGCCGUCGAAGUCAGUGCUGCCCUCGCAAAAAUGAAGUCUAACAAGGCAACCGGUCCUGAUGAUGUCUGGAAGCUGCUAGGAGAUCGAGGGUCCGUGUGGCUCGCAACUCUAUUUAACAAGAUCGUUGCAGAAGGACGGACUCCAGACGUUUGGCGAACUUCCGUGACCGUGCCUGUCUGGAAAGGGAAAGGAGACAUUGCUGACUGCACCUCGUACAGACGACUGCUCUGCCAUACGAUGAAGGUUUUUGAGCGUGUCCUGGAAGCUCGUCUGAGGAAAAUUGUUAGCGUUUCAAUCAACCAGUGCGGUUUUGUGAAGGACUGCAGCACUAUGGAUGCUAUCCAUGCUGUCCGAAUCCUCCUGGAGAAACAUCGAGAGAAGAACCGCAGUGUGCAUCUUGCUUUUCUCGAUCUCGAGAAAGCUUCCGACCGUGUCCCAUAUGAGCUGUUAUGGAUGUCCAUGAGGCCGCAUAGAGUACCAGAAGAAUAUGUGCGGAGGACGAAGCUGCUUUAUGCGAAGCCUACCAGCGUUGUACGGUGUGCUGCUGGAACAAGCAGGCCAUUCCCUGUACAACUAGGGGAAAUCCCGAAGCAGCAUCCGUGGACUCUACUCUUUGCCGACGAUGUCAUGCUCGCGUCGGAGUCUCGAGAUGAUCUUCUUAAACAACUACAGUCUUGGAAGGAUCAGCUGCAGCAAUAUGGAUUGCGCUUCAACACAUCAAAAGACGGUUGUGCGUCCUAUUGCCCUUUACGGAUGCGAGUGCUGGUGGACGACGAAAGCCUUGGAAAGAGUGCUGCACGCUGUGGAGAUGCGGAUGUUGAGGUGGACGAUAGACCGUGUGAAGCUAAAGAUGAUAGAUGCACGUUUGUGUACGGUUGUACGGAAUGGAUAGAACCAAAUGGAAGACAAGAAGCGGAAAAGCGGACCCUGCAACAACCCGGGACAAACGCUAGGAAGAAGAAGAAGAAGACUGCUCUGAGAGUGAUUUGUAAACGUUUACGUCGAUGA